GAGGUCGUGGGCGAGAUGGAGGCGUGGCCAACAGUUGCGCUUUUUGGCGCACAAAACAGAAACAAAUAUCAAUGGUCACGACUUCUCUGCAAAGCGCGCUUCAAGCGUUUGAAUUUACGAUCACGUAACAUACAUUAACCGAAGUGACGCGUGCGUUUAGCAUGGCACUCAUCUGCACAAAUAUACGGCAUCAUAACCUGCAUGGCUAACCGGCCUGCUAACACUCUUGGAUAAACCCUAAAUGGCAUGCUGCUACAUUUCUUUGUGCCUUCGUGAGUUUUGCUUUGAGUGGUCGCCAUGCCGCUACCGCAAUGACAUGACAUCUAAAUAGUUGAUUGCUAAAGUUGCUUGCUAACGGAGCUGUUAGUUAGUUUGCUUUUUUCGAGGCAGUAUUACAAACAUUUGAACAGUGCAUUUUGUUUUUCUUUACAUUACUGACAGUGUUACAUUCCAUACUGAAUAAUAUUAACAAACAUUAGACAUUUCAAACAACAACAAGUCGCGUGCAACCGAAAUGCCGCUAUUUUUGACACCAGUCUCAACAUAAGUGAUAGACAGCCGUCUGAACUCAACACAGCAGCAAAAUAUGAACGGGAAAAUCAUACCGGAAACUCCUAUAGCUGUAGACUUUUGGCAUCUCCGCAAGUGUCUUCAUGUCCGUCUGUUCUUCCUGACUCACAUGCACGCGGAUCACACCUCUGGCCUCACGUCCACCUGGAGUCACAGACCCAUCUACUGCUCACCCCUCACCUCCAAACUUCUUAAACUUAAAUUGCAGGUGAAAGAGAAAUGGAUUCGUCCCUUGGAAAUUGGGGAGCCUCACAUGCUGUUGUUAGAUGAUCUUGGGAAAGAACGAAUGACUGUUACUCUAAUAGAUGCCAACCACUGUCCUGGAGCCGUUAUGUUUCUGUUCGAGGGAUACUUCGGCACCAUACUUUACACUGGUGACUUCCGUUAUACUCCAUCUAUGCUGCGGGAGGAGUGUCUGAGGAACAACACUACCAUUGAUGUGCUGUAUCUGGACAACACAAACUGUGACCCCACUCGAGCCGUCCCCCCUCGCCAGCGAGCCACCCAGCAAAUUAAAGAGAUCAUUAGAGCUCAUUCUGGGUACAGCAUUGUUAUUGGUCUUUACUCUCUUGGUAAAGAGUCUCUGCUCGUGGAGCUGGCUAUGGAGUUUAAAACAUGGGUCGAGGUGGAUAUAGAUCGCCUGCAAACCCUUCGAGUUCUCGAGCUUCCGGAUGUUUUUACCACUGAACCUGGGGCGGGUCGCAUUCGUGCGGUGAACCAGUCUGAGAUCAACGCCUCCAAUCUACUGGCAUGGAAUAAGGAGCAACCCACUAUAGCUAUACUGCCCACUAGCCGUGCGAUUGUCUCAUCCCACCCUAACGUCCACGUGGUACCUUACUCUGACCAUUCCUCCUACCAGGAGCUGGAGGACUUUGUGUCCGCCUUGCGUCCCAUCUCUCUGGUUCCCAUCGUGGGCAGAUGCUUGCCUUAUUUCUCAUCCCUUCUGAGCCCAUCUAAGAAGCGCAAAACGUUGGUCAUUCCAGAGUCGGUCAAACAUUUCAUGAAAGCCAAGACUCCGGCUUCCUUCAACAGCACAGCGAACAUGCUUCAAAGAGCCUCUCGCCAUGGGUCUCGGGGAGUGGUGUUUGAUUCACCCGGAGGGUCUCAAACAAGCCGUAUUGAGUGUAAUGGAGAUUCAGAUGACACAGAUGCUGACACUAUGGAUAAAAACUCUGAGAAGGAUGAAGACUGCAUCCUUUUAGACAUGCGCACAGACACCUUUAGUCGAGAGAAUCAAAGGAAACGCCUAAAACUCAUCCGAGUGACAUCGGAAGAUGUUGUCACGAUUGGCAGCAGCCUACCAACAGAUGACAACGAAUCUGUUAAUUCAUUUAAAGAUAUAAGAUGUGAGGGUGAGUGCACGCCCGUUUCAAAGAAGAGCCCUCAAAUGGGCAGCACGAAUUCGAAAGAGACAUGCUUUUCAAUGGAUAGCAUGAGGAUCCACGACCAAACUUUUGUCGCUGACAUUCCCGCCACUGAAUCGCCACCAGCAACCUCUCCUGUGAGCCAUAAAAUGGAUAGACACCAGAUCGAGGAGUGGCUCAUAAAUAACUUUAGUAUACCUGAUACGGAGCUCGAGCAGGGGCUGAUGUUGCGGGGCCUUCAGGAAAAUCCCCUCACUCCAGUUGAUUUUCCCAAAAAAACAGGCGAUCCACUGGGAGCAGCUAUAAAACGAUUAAUGUCUUAAUACAUCUUUGUGUGUUCAAACAAGUACUUUUAUGCACUUACCUAUACAGGCAACCUAAAA